AUGAUUGCGUCUCGCGCAGGGGUUUCCCCGGAUUUGUCGCCCUUCACCGCCCCAACGAGAGCCUCAGCAGCGGCCUUCUCCCUUGCAUGGCGAGCCAGAAAGACAUCCGUGGCUUCCCUCGGAUCCGCCUCCUGCGCCGCUAGCACGGCCCUGUCCGCGGAGUGGAGCUCUCGAUCCCUUUCUCGGCGCUGCCACCGUGAGAUGGCGUCCGCCAGGCCGGACGGUGCUGCAGCCUCCGCCAUGGCUUCGAGUCCUGCCGCCGGGUCAAAGCUGCGGAUCACUUGUCAGGGGGAAGGCUUCAGAAGUGCGAUCUCCAAAGAUCCUAUGUAUGCAUAUUCAGAAUACUUUGAAUGA